AGCAGCAAGUGGUGGCUGUUUUUUCAACCUGUUUUUGUUUUCUCCCGAGGAGGCGGCGAACAAGGACAAGAAACCAGGCAGAAGAGCACAGAUUUGGAAAAAAGUCUGAGCUGAGUUUGUAAAAAGAAACUGAGAGAGGAGAAGUGGAGAGGGAGCGAGAGAGAGAAGCCCGGAGGAACACAAGGCAGCAAUGGAUAGCAGAGUGGUUCAGCCUGACCCUGGGAUGGCAUGGAUUCACACACAGCUGCUGGCUACAGUCCAGCACACACACUAGACUGCUAACACCAAUGAGCUCCCAUGUGUCCAUUCAGCCAUGCUUCCCGGGUAUGGAUUCUCACCUUUUCCUGAUUUCCAGCCCCACCUUCACGCUUUUCGCUGCCGAGGAGAGAGUCCCAGCAUGUGGAUCCCUGGCUCUGGGGAGUCCCAGGCUCUGAGCGAGGCCCAGGAGGACAGGCCUCUGCUCCACCCGUGCCAUCACAAGCAUGUCGCCGUGUGCCGGCAGGAAACAUUGGCUUUUAUCGAGCUGCAACCACCAGCGACUCCUAAACUAAACUGUCUCGGCUCUCCGAGGCCAGGUGUUAUUCCAGAAACACAAUGCACAACACACUCCCUGCCCCUGAAUGGUUUCAGACACACAUUAAAUGAACUGAAUGACAUGCAGAACGGCUGCCACAGGACAGAAAAUGAGCAUAAAAUGACGUUGAAUUCGAACUCUCACAAUCCUGCAGGUGACUGUGAGUUUGAAUGCCAUAAUGGUAUCAGGACUUCCUCGCAGGAGAAGACAGAAAAACCUAGAGCAAUCACAACAGUAUGUCGUCCUCUCCACGCAGCUCUUAGCCUCCCUCUGCCGUUACCUCUGUCCUCUCUAUACACAAACAGAGACUCCUGGGAAUCUCAGUUACCUUGCUCCCCGUCCUCACCUGAAGGUCCGGGGUUUCAGAGCCCUGACUCCUGCCAACCGCAGAGGAGGACGUCACAGGGUUCACUGAAAGAGAAGUCUAUCCGGCGAAAGAUGCAGGUUUAUUCCCCAGACAGCCAGAGCGAUGAGUCUCUCAGCAGCCCGAUCCUGGACGCAGACUAUAUCUUCCCAGGACCUUUUGCGUCUUUCCUGGAGGAGGACCUCAGUGGACUAUCCUCCCUGGAGGCCAUUUCAAGCACUUCAUCCACAGACGGUUUUACAGAUCUCCCAAACCUCAGUCAGGAUGAUAUUUUCAACUUACCUGCAGAACCACUGCAUAUAAUAGAGGACUCGUUAGGGGAGGACAGUGGGGGUGUAGAGACGUCCAGUGCCACAGGAGGGAGCUUUUUGCCACGCAGCCGUCAGGUGGAUCAAGAGCGGCGGCGCUUCUCAGCUUCAGAGCUGAUAUCUCGACUGCAGCUGUCUCAGAGAAAAAACUCUUUCACCUUGAAGCUGGGAAAGUCUCUGUCGGCACGGGUCGCCUCCAGAGACAGACAGAGCUCCAGCAGCCUCAGCCCCAACACCGACUAUAAGUCCAACUGUAAGCACCGCAGCUCAGGAGGCUCUAGUGAUAGCGCCCCCCACAGUCCUGUAGGAACUGCACCUGCUCUGCCCAGCAGUGACAAUGGCAUGCCUUUGCAUCGGUGGAGCACAAAACUUGGAAUGCGAAAGAAAUCCAUAGAGGAGGACUUGUGCGCACUUCCAACUGUCGCUAGUUCAAAUCGAUUGUCACGGUUUUUACCAAGUUCGAUUCUGUACCAGGAGUACAGCGAUGUAGCCAUCAACAGAGAGAUCCAGAGGCAGCAGGGGAAGGAGCCGGGCACCGAGGAGGAGGGGCUCAGGGACGAGGGUUCAGACGGGACCCCUUCGCCUUCUAAUCUGUCUCCAUCCAGCUCCUUCCGCUCGUCACGAGGCUCUGCUUUUGCACUGUGGCAAGACAUUCCCGACGUCCGAACCAGCGGGCAGCUCGACAACUUCAGCAACGAGGAGCGGAAGCUACAGGAGGCAAAGUUUGAGCUGGUGACAUCUGAGGCGUCGUACAUUCGUAGUUUGACGAUCGCAGUGGACCACUUCAUGUUGUCCCAGGAGCUGGCCGAGAGUCUCGGAGCUCAGGACAAGCAGUGGCUCUUCUCCAAGCUGCCUGAAGUCAAAGGAGUCAGUGAGAGGUUUCUUCAGGACCUGGAGCACAGGCUGGAGGAAGACAUUCUGCGUUUUGAUGUGUGCGACAUCGUCCUGGAUCACUGCCCAGCUCUGAGAAGAGUUUAUUUACCUUAUGUAACCAACCAGGCGUACCAGGAGCAGACGUACCAGCGUUUGCUGCACGAGAACCCUCGUUUCCCCAGCAUCCUGGCUCGUUUGGAAGAAGAUCCCAUCUGCCAAAGGCUUCCUCUGACCUCUUUUCUAAUCCUGCCGUUUCAGAGGAUCACACGGCUUAAAAUGCUGGUGGAGAACAUCUUAAAGAGGACGACACCGGGCUCCCGAGAUGAGGACACUGCCACGAAAGCUUUCAAUGAGCUAAAAAAGAUCAUCAAAGAAUGUAACUCCAGUGUGCAGUCAAUGAAGAGGAUGGAGGAGCUUAUUCACCUCAAUAAGAAAAUCAAUUUUGAGGGAAAGAUCUUCCCUCUGAUCUCUCAGUCCCGCUGGCUGGUGAAACACGGCGAGCUCCUGGAAGUGGACACUCAGAUGAUGAGUAUUUCUGGAUCGAAGCUGAAGUUGCCCACCAAGCCUGUUUACCUUCACCUGUUCAAUGACUGUCUGCUGCUGUCCAGGAGGAAGGAUACAUGGAAGUUCAUGGUGUUUGUACACGCCAAGAUAGGAGAGCUGAAAGUGAAGGACCUCAGUCAGAAGCUGCAGGGAAUCUCAGGCUUCAUCUUCCACCUGCAGCUGUGUGAAGGCCAGCAGCUCAAGCACCAGAUCCUGCUCAAGUCGCACACUGAGAGUGGGAAGCAGAGAUGGAUCACAGCCAUGUUUCCAUCCGAUCCACGCGAAGACAUCGAGCAAGCCAGUGAGAAUGAUGACAUAGCCCAGGUUCAAUGCAUCAAAAGCUAUCAGGCCCAAGAACAUGAUGAGUUAACUCUGGAGAAGGCCGACAUUCUUCAUGCUAAGACCAUUACGAGUGAUGGCUGGGUGGAAGGCAUCAGACUGUCUGAUGGGGAACGGGGCUGGUUCCCCAAAACCUACGUGGAGGAAAUCACGAGUCGCAGCGCUCGCCUCCGCAACCUCCGAGAAAAUAUCCGCAUCAAAUGUGUCACGCAGAAACUGGAGGGGGAAGACUAACCACUUUGACUGGAACCUGUCCUGUGUCAAAGCUGCAUUUCAGCCGCUAAGUUGCAUUUUUAAGCUUCUGGAUGAUUGUUUUAUUUUAGAUGGAUGUGGGACCUACUGUGUGUGUAGUGUGCAGCUGCUAAAACAAGCAUUUUCCUUUAGCAUGCCAGCUGCCGAUACAGUCUUAAAAAUGAUGCUCCUGUUCAAAAGGCUUUUAUACAAUCAGACUCUUUUGUUCACAUUAGGACAUUUUUAACAGUCUUGCCACACUGAAGGGAGGUGCAAUCAUUUUUUGCAUGCUUUCUGUGAAUGCAUUUUAUUACCAUUUUAAGGUUAUUUACCAGCCUGGGUAGAUGUAAUCAUAUCUAAAGGUAAAUGUGUGCAUUUCAUGGUUCAUGUCACAGGAGUCUGUCUCUAGAUUUUGGUAUCUGAAGAGUUCUGGUUUCCGUUCAUAAUCCUAGUUUGAGCAGGCAUUUAGUUGAAUGGAGGUAAACAGCCCAUGUGGAGAGAAAAUAAGGCAGAAUGCAUUGGCUGAAAUGCAAUCUUGGAACACAAACAGAGUACAUUAGAUUAUACCGGCUGUAAUCUGAUCUGGUGUUAUGACCAAACUAAUCUGGAGAGAAAUGCUCAAAACGGGCUCCUGUUGAGGCCCCGGGUCGACCACGAUCUGCUUCUACAACAAAGGUAAAUAUUAAUUAAAAAUAUUAAUUAUUUUGAGCUAAAAUGUUAAUUCUGCAAUAAUUCUGCAAUGACAAAUUAUCUUUAGCUCAGUGGUAGCCAACAGAGUGAAACUGAAGGACACAAAUUUCAUUUUUAUAAUAUUAUCUGAGUACAUCUCAAUGCGCAGGUAGCCCACAAUCCACUGCAUUUUGGUUCAUUUCCAUUAAUUGGGUCGGAUUCUGGUCAUAUUACGUUCACAAUGCAAUCCAACCGCACUAGGGUCCGCUUGGAAAUGGACCGAGACCCUCUCUGCAAGACCCUGUUGUUUUGGUGCACCAGUGUAUGAUUGGAGAGUUCACAAGCAACCAAGCGAACCGUAAUGAGGCUUUAAAAGCACCAGAGUUCAAUUUAAACAAACUAAACUUUGGGCUGUGAAAGCACCCUUAAUGAGCCAAACUGAGCUACUUGGGAAUCAAUCCCGUCCUAAACAUCGUCUCUAAACUCAUGUCUCAAGUUGCUCAUAUGACAGUAAACAGGGAUUGAAGAGGAAGUCUUGGUGUGGAUGUCGUUAUCGUAUAUGGCUGUUUCCCCCCAGAGGCUAAAUCAUUGUCAGAUCGAUAGCCGAAGGGAUCUGAGGUUGUGUCUCAUGUGGACUGUCUUCAGUCAGAUGGCUCUGAGGCUGUGGGCUGCAGGAGAUUCAUUCAUGUAAUGUUACAACAUCAAAAACUCACUCGAGGCAGAUCCUUCUACUGAGUUGCAUGAGGACACAUCAGAAGCCUUUUAUCUUUCUGUCUUUGUUCACACUGAGCACUGCUUUCAUUUCAGAAGGCAGAUGAGAAAUUGGCACUCUGUGUCAUCCACGUGUUGAGUAUAAAUGUAUACUGGUUUCAAGAAGGAAUGAAAGCCUGAUGUGUUUCAGUGCUUCAGUGUGCAACAGUUCAUUUCCAUCCAUGUUUUAACAAUCCCAGCUGUGGACUGUUAAAACAUCUUUGCCUCUUUAUUAAAGAGAGCGACACAACUCUGAUGGUUUUCCAGAUAAUUGCAGAGUUUAUAUUUCAGAGAUCAUUUAAAAAUUUUACUGCAACCUAAAUGAAGGACAGACUAUCCUCUUAACACCUAAACAAAUACUUUUUUCCCAUAAGUGUCCUAGUCUGAUUAAAGGCUGACUGUAUUCUUUAUUUUUUGUUAUUGUCAACAAAUCCCACAAAUAGACCAAAACCAACAAUGUAUGAAUCCUACUGACAGGCAUCAUCUGGGUCCUCUGUGCCACAGAGCUCCACUGUUGUUAUAAAACUAGUAAAAACACAUCAACAAGCUGCACUGUUGCCCUGGAUGUCCCUGUGUGACCACGAACACACACUGUAGUUUUCUUUUUAGUUUGGUUCCACAUGCAUGGUCCUACUGAUGUAAAUACUGACACGAGCACCAAAUGUGUAUUAAUCCACAGCUGAAAAUAGUCCCCAACAUAUGCACUAUUUGGUCCAAUUUGAGUGACGUUUGCUAAAAACUACAAUGCCCAGCUGUUUGUAGGGAAUGAUGUGGCCUUUUUUAAUAUUGAUAUUGAUAUUUUUACUAAUUUUUAUAAUUUCUGUUAUCAGUAGGAACAAGUUGGGGUUUGGGCUGAGUGCCACUGGCUGGGUAGGAGGUUGGACAUUGUUGGUUUUGUUCUUUUCAUCUCUUGACAGUAAAAAAAUAUAUAUAUAUAUUUGUCCUUUAAAAAACAGGAAAUUGACACCUAUGGAAUUCUCCCUGGGGCGCAAAUUACAUGGAAAGUUUUACUUCACUUGUACUGAUUUUAAAUUUUAGCUCCAGUUAAAUAAAUCUAGACAUUGUUGUGUUACACUAAUCAACCAGGAUCAAGUAAUCCUUUUAAUGUCAAGCACUGAAUUAAAGGGGAACUCAAGCGAUUUAGUGUUGCACUUCAUAAAGUUGUGAAAUAAAUAUUUUUAAAAAUAAUGGUCAAAGUUGGUGAAGUAAAGGCAGAGAUGUGUUAAAGUCUCUAUGGGUGAAGCUUCAAAAAACACUGGAUCCUACAAUUCCCAUAAUGCAGCUCAAUCAUCACACUUUCCGUUUGUUAUGCAUGCAUGUUUUCGGAAGAAUAUUUUAAGUCUUAACCAUAGUCUGAAUAGAAAGAUAAACGAAAUGACAGCUCACUAAAAGUGAAGCCAAAACCUCUUGAGUGCCCUCUGGUGGCUGGCUGCAGUAUCAGUCAUAAACCCCGCCUCCUCCAUGUUAGCGGAUGGGCUAAACUGAAAAAUCUAAGUACACGUCAAAUUUAUUUUUCCCAAGGAUGGUUUUGGUCAUUUUAGGAACUUCUUAUCACAGUAAAGUAUGUUCAAGUGUGUCAUUUUUUAAAAAUACGAUUUAUUUGGUUAUUUGUUGCUAUAAAACGGGGGUUAGACGUCAUGAUUGACAGCUGUGAUUGACUCAUAAUUGGUCGGGCGGCUGUAUGGACCGGACCUCAAUUCUAUCCCAAUCAAUCCCUAGCCACUACUAUGCACACUCUGGCUACAAAUGGCCAAGACGGCAGCUCCCGUAUCUGGGAAAAGUUUUGGCUUCAUUUUCAUACAUAUUUACAUACAGUCUAAGGUCUCAAGCUAACACAAGACAACCUUGGGGACGUCAUCGUGUAAGAAAAAACAGUAUACAACUUUUAUAUGGUACUCCUCACCAUGAUGUAGUGUCCUUUUAAGGCCUUCAUAAUUCCCCUCAGUAAGUGUAAAAAUUCCCAAAUGACCAAAAGCGCAGUGUAACUGAGCUGAGACCUGCAGAACCACUAUAAUCAACAAUUAAACUCUUCCAGUGGCACAUGAAAUGUUUAUACCCACUCUAUUUUUUUUCUAUAUCUGUGUUGUUAGUUGUAAUUUAAGUGGUUGCUUCUGCAGCAUGUGUAUUUAUACUCCUCUAGCUGGUUGUUCUCUAAGGAGAUUCUGAUGUAAAUGUACUUUACUGUAGAUGGCUUCAUGUAUAAAGAGUAGAAAAUGGUUCAUUUACUAUUAUGACUGUAAUUUAUAUGAACAAAGAUUCAACAAAAUAUUAUUACAUUCCCUAACGUUUCAGUUUGAUUCACUUCUAAUAGUACAAUAAAUACUGUAAUACACUGGAUGUUUACCAGAUCUCUGCACACUACUGUAAAUGUUUAACCAUUGAAAUAAAUACAGAUACUUCCAUUUUAA